GAGAGCUUCGUUUUAACACACGAGACAGGCAGAGAGGGUAGAGAUCGGUGAAGGCAGCAAUGGCCGCAGCCUCUCCUGUUCUUCGUGGCUGUCUCCUCGCUGCUGCGGCACUGCUGCUGCUGUGCUGCGCGACGGGAGCUGGAGCCGUCACGAGGCAGUACCAAUUCGAUGUGCAAACGACGAGCGUGACGCGGCUGUGCAGCACGAAGAGCGUCGUGACGGUGAACGGGCAGUACCCCGGCCCGACGCUGUUCGCCAGGGAGGGCGACCACGUCGAGGUCACCGUCGUCAACCACUCCCCCUACAACAUGAGCAUCCACUGGCACGGGAUCCGGCAGCUGCUGAGCGGGUGGGCGGACGGGCCGUCGUACGUCACGCAGUGCCCCAUCCAGCCGGGCGGCAGCUACGUGUACAGGUUCACCAUCGCCGGGCAGCGCGGGACGCUGUGGUGGCACGCGCACAUCUCGUGGCUCCGCGCCACCGUGCACGGGCCCAUGGUCAUCCUGCCCCCCGCCGGCGUCGGGUACCCGUUCCCGGCGCCCGACGGCGGCGAGGUGCCCAUCGUGUUCGGCGAGUGGUGGAGGAACGACACGGAGGCGGUGAUCAGCCAGGCGCUGCAGACCGGCGGCGGCCCCAACAUCUCCGACGCCUACACCCUCAACGGCCUCCCUGGCCCUCUCUACAACUGCUCUGCUCAAGACACAUUCAAGUUGAAGGUGAAGCCCGGGAAGACGUACAUGCUGAGGCUCAUCAACGCUGCACUCAACGACGAGCUCUUCUUCUCCGUCGCCAACCACACGCUCACCGUGGUCGACGUCGACGCGCUCUACGUCAAGCCGUUCACCGUCGAGACGCUCAUCAUCGCGCCGGGGCAGACGAGCAACGUGCUGCUCACCGCCAAGCCGGCGUACCCGGCGGCCAGCUACUACAUGCUGGCGCGGCCAUACACCACCACGCAGGGCACCUUCGACAACACCACCGUCGCCGGCGUCCUCGAGUACGAGGACCCCUGCCCCACCGGCGCCGCCGCCGCCGCCGCCGCUGGCAGCAAGAGCGUCCCCGUCUUCUCCCCGACGCUGCCGCAGAUCAACGACACCAGCGCCGUCUCCAACUUCACCGCCAAGCUCCGCAGCCUGGCGAGCACCGAGUACCCGGCGGCGGUGCCGCAGGAGGUGGACCACCGCUUCUUCUUCACCGUGGGGCUCGGCACCCACCCCUGCGCCGUCAACGGGACGUGCCAGGGGCCCAACGGCUCCCGCUUCGCCGCCGCCAUCAACAACGUCUCCUUCGUGCUCCCGACGACGGCGCUGCUCCAGUCGCACUUCGCCGGCGCGUCCAGGGGCGUGUACGCCUCCGACUUCCCGUACUACCCGCUCCGGCCGUUCAACUACACCGGCGCGCCGCCGAACAACACCAACGUCAUGAACGGGACCAAGGUGCUGGUGCUGCCGUACGGCGCCGACGUCGAGCUGGUGAUGCAGGACACGAGCAUCCUCGGCGCCGAGAGCCACCCGCUGCACCUGCACGGCUUCAACUUCUUCGUCGUCGGCCAGGGCUUCGGCAACUUCGACCCCGCCAGCGACCCGGCCAAGUUCAACCUCUUCGACCCCGUCGAGCGCAACACCGUCGGCGUGCCCGCCGGCGGCUGGGUCGCCAUCCGCUUCCAUGCCGACAACCCAGGUGUGUGGUUCAUGCACUGUCACUUGGAGGUGCACAUGAGCUGGGGCUUGAAAAUGGCGUGGCUGGUGCUGGAUGGCAGCCGUCCUGACCAGAAGCUCCCGCCUCCGCCGUUGGAUCUCCCCAAAUGCUAGGCACAGAACUCGAGAUCAACGGCCAAGAUCGAUUGAUCGCGUCGCUUCACACACAGACACCCACACACUGUUUUCUGCAUUCCAUCAGAUGUUUUGCUUCAGUUCCUUUGCUGCGUUUUUUUUUUGAUUAACUGAUUUCUCAGGCGAUUGACAGUGUGUUUGUCAGUUAGCUUGAUUCUGUGUUUUGCAUCAAGUUUAAAUCUUUGGUGUUGUGAGGAAACUUUUAUUUGUUUGAUUGGCAGAGCUUGACUCUUAGGACUGCUUAUUGUAACUCAAAGCUCGUGUGCUUUUGUAUCUUGCAAUGUAUCACAGUGUAUUUUGCAGUAAUAAAAUGUAGUUGUGAUUGA